ACAUGUACUUCCGAGUUGCGUCUGCGUAAGGCGGGCGGCGUGACUUUGGCACGCCAGUGAGUGACGUCAAGCGGUUCGUGACACCGUGAGGCAAAUUGAAACAUUUCGUCAUUUCCAAGACAAAAUGAUGUUCGUAUCGAACCGCGUGAAACUGUGUUCGCUGGCGUCCACUGCCGCGAGGCUGUGCAGCAGCGGCCCGGCGGCUGGCAACAGCAACCCGUCCGUCUACUUCGACAUUUCGGCCGAUAACGAGCCUCUUGGCAGGGUAACCUUCGAGCUCAACGCUGAAGUUGUGCCAAAAACUGCAGAAAACUUCCGGGCCCUGUGCACGGGGGAGCAUGGGUUCGGCUACAAGGGCUCCACGUUCCACCGGGUCAUCCCUCAAUUCAUGUGCCAGGGUGGCGAUUUCACAAACCACAACGGAACCGGUGGGAAGUCCAUUUACGGAUGGAAGUUUCCAGAUGAAAACUUCAAGCUGAAGCACACCGGACCUGGCAUCUUGUCAAUGGCCAACGCGGGACCCAACACCAACGGAUCCCAGUUUUUCAUCUGCACCAGUAAGACCGAAUGGCUGGACGGCAGACACGUGGUGUUCGGCAGCGUGAAGGAGGGACUGGACGUGGUGAAGAAAGUGGAAUCUUUCGGCUCGCGGUCGGGACGCACCUCCAAGAAGAUCACCAUCGCGGACUGCGGCGAGCUCAACUAGUCUCCUGCUCUUAAAAUUCCCAACGGGAAGCUCUUUUGUCGUCCCGAGGGCGGGCGUCUCUUGUCACACUGUUUUAGGUCAGGCAACCGCUUGAUGCACUUGAAUGUCUCACCAUGAAAUGUGAACUUGAGCCAUUAUGUCAUUUAACUUUAUUUUCCAACAAUAAAGUCUAUUUUUUUUUUUUUU